UGGCCAGCUAGAGCAACAGCAGCAUACGACGACGGAAAGAGGCAGUCAACGACUACCAGCGGGGGAUUUAACACACAAAAUCUACCCAAGUGUUUGUCCUUUACAUUGAAACACACCCCUUUGCUUUUAUACAGUUGUAAACAAUUAGCGUUAUUAGGUAGCCUUGGCCGUCAGUAUUAGAGAAGAACAGAUAAAAAGCGAGGAUGUUGGUCCCCGCGGGAAGAUAAUGAAGAAUCUGCGCGUGUUGUUGCUGUGCGCCGUUUUAGCUCUCCUGUGCUGGCAAUCUGGUCAUGAUGUAUAUUGUUCAGAAGAGAUCUCUGCUGGCCCAGGACUCCCUGCACAGGAUGACAGCCAUUACGCAAUGCAGGAACCAGGAGCAGAUAAAGAGGUUAAAGAGGAAAGUAUGACACGCGUACAGUCAUCAUACGAUGUGGGGUUGGAGACGGAGAGGGCUGUUAUAGAGGAGGCCUUAUUACACUUAAAAGAUGCCCCACAUGAAGAACAGCACAAACGGACUGUGAAUCUAGAUGAGGUGGUGGAGGAGGCUCAGAUUCAGCUUGAAUCUGACCUCUCAGAGCAAGAACAACAACAGCAGCAGCAGCAGGAGGAUGUGGAGGAACAAGAACCCCAAAACACCCAACAACCAGCUCAACCACCCACACUCACACAGCCCCAAACACCUCCUUCACCUCAAGCCCAACCAGACCCUGAAACCGCACAGGCCACAGCCACAGAGGAGCAGUCUGUUUCAACCCCUCCCCAGACGGACCAACAGGUGGAAGACUCCUCCACACCUGCUGCUGAGCUCCAGAGGAGUCCAGAAUCAGCCUCACCUACCUCAGUCACCUCCUCUGAGAGCUCCUCCAGUGGACUAGACGUCCCGCAUGCUGAUGUCCCUGUAGAGAACUCUAGUGCCAGUCAGUGUGAGGUGGGCUCUGUGCCCCCCUUCAGUCAACCCCUUGGCACCACUCUCAAGAGCAAUGUUGUGGAGGAACAUGCAGAGAAUCAGUCCAGCACGUUGGAACAGGACAUGGAGACUAUUAAAGAUCCAGUUUUUAUCCCAGAUAAAGAUCUCGCAGAGCUGGAGCAGAUAGAAGAAAUCCCACCACCCCCAGAGCACCAGCAGGUGGACCAUGAGGGAGCAACAGACCCUCCUGUACCCGGUAAAGAGGACAUCCCCACCUUUGACGAGUGGAAGAAGAAACAGAUGGAAGUGGAGGAGAAGAAAAGUCAAUCUCUGCACAUGUCAUCUAAUGGCAGUCCUCACCCUGUGAAAAAGGUCCAGAAGAAUUUCAAGAAUAACUACGCCUCUGUGGAAUGUGGGGCCAAAAUCCUCUCGGCCAACAAUGAGGCCAAGAGCACAUCUGCCAUCUUAAUGGAAAAUAUGGAUCUGUACAUGCUGAACCCCUGCAGUACUAAAAUCUGGUUUGUUAUUGAGCUCUGUGAGCCAAUCCAGGUGAAGCAGCUGGACAUUGCAAACUUUGAGCUGUUUUCUUCCACUCCGAAAGAUUUCCUAGUGUCCAUCAGUGACAGAUAUCCGACAAAUAAGUGGAUCAAGCUGGGCACGUUUCACGCCCGUGAUGAACGCACAGUACAGAGCUUUCCUUUGGAUGAGCAACUCUAUGCCAAAUAUGUCAAGAUGUUCAUCAAGUAUAUAAAGGUCGAGCUGCUCUCCCAUUUCGGGUCUGAACACUUCUGUCCCCUCAGCCUGAUCAGGGUGUUUGGCACCAGUAUGGUUGAGGAGUAUGAUGAGAUAGCUGACUCUCAGUACACUUCAGAGAGAUCGGAGUAUCUGGAUGAAGAUUAUGAUUAUCCACCCGGCUACCUGCCAUCAGAGGACAAGACAUCGAAGAAUCUGCUGGGCUCUGCUACAAAUGCUAUCAUAAACAUGGUGAAUAACAUCGCAGCAAACGUGCUGGGAGGGAAACCAGAGCUGGAGGAUGGAGUUGAAAUAGAAGGAAACGCCUCCUCUGGGACAGAAAACCUUACAGAGACGUCAACAGAAACCACACUCAUGCCAGAGCCCACUCCCACUGAACAGCCUACUGUAUUGGACACUCAUGAGUUGGCUCCCACUCAAGUAAAAGAGGACGAAGUAGAUGUUUCCGAUCCUGAACCUGAUUCUGUUCCUCCACCUGAGGAGAGCCGCAUCGUCAUCCUCAUCAAAGAAGAGGAAGAUGAGGAGGCCACCCAGCCAACCGUGACCCUGCUGGAGGAGGAGGAGGAGAGAGAGGAAGAGAAAAGGCGAGCUGAGGUGUGGGAGAGAGAGAACGCCUUGUACUGCGGUCACCUCUCAACUUUGUCUUGCUUGGCAUCUUUACAUGAAUACUUCAAUUGUUACUGUUCGGCUGCAUUAGCACUACACCGUCAGCGCCGAGAUAGGCGACACAAAGCACAGCACACACAUCCUGACACGGACACUCAGAGUUCCCCUCAGCAUUCUCUCACUACCACCACCACCCCCACUCAAGAGCCUCCUGUACUCUCUGAGAAACCUGCAGAAGGAGAGCAUCCCUCUGGGGUGCAAAGCGAAGUCAUCUCCCCAACUGAAACGGUGUCCGUUCUGCCUCAGCCUUCUAGCGAAGGUGUGGCGAUCGACCAGGAGCUCCAACGUGAGACCAUUGUCUUGGAACCCAGCCGUACCUCCACCUUUACCGCACAUAGCUUGUCUGACACCCCCACCCAAAACAUCCCUGAACCCCUGCCCACGGACGAGCUUGUAGACCAGCAUCCGCAGUACCUGGAAAACACCCCGGAGACCCGUGUCAGUAUGUCCAGCGGCAUCCCAACUCAAAGUGCCCUCUCCUCCAUCCUAACCUCCACCACCUCUGAACCUCACAGCCCGGAGACAGACCCACCCAAGCUGGAGCUCCCCACCCCUACCAAAGAACUGCCAGCACAGCCACUGCCAACCCACACCCGCCCUGCUGACAUCCCUCCUCCUACCGAACUUCCAUUCCCACCUCCAGACGUCUCAGACAACGGUAAGGCAGCAGGGGUGGAUGACACCCACCAGGUUUCCGAGGUUUCCGAAACCCCUCCCUCUCAACAGGAGGAGACCGUAGAUGACAUUCUGCUCAGCCAGACCGGGCCACACCGCACCGCCGGAGAGUUUUAUGCGGAACAGCAGCAUUCUGCGGAAAACGGAUACGUGAACGGAAACGGCAAUGGGAAUCAGGUGCACGGGUCCAAUCAGAAAGAAUCAGUGUUCAUGAGGUUGAAUAAUAGAAUCAAAGCGCUGGAGAUGAACAUGUCUCUCAGCAGCAGAUACCUGGAGGAGCUCAGUCAGAGGUAUCGUAAACAGAUGGAGGAGAUGCAGCGGGCUUUCAACAAGACCAUUAUCAAACUGCAGAACACCUCAAGAAUUGCAGAGGAGCAGGACCAGAAACAGACCGAGUCUAUACAGUUGUUACAGAGUCAACUGGAAAAUGCCACCAAGAUCAUGCUGAACCUGUCUGCCACUGUUGCUGAGCUACAGAGAGAGGUGUCAGAUAGGCAGAGUUAUCUGGUGUUGUCUCUGGUUCUGUGUAUGACGUUGGGUUUACUGCUCUGUAUGCAGUGCUGUAAAAGCUCGCCCAAUCACAACACAAGCCCAACCAUUCCCAUGAGCAACCACUACCCCAGUCCUAAAAGGUGUUUUUCCUCUUACGAUGACAUGAGUCUGAAACGAAGAGUGUCUUGCCCUCUUGUUCGUUCCAAAUCAUUUCAGUUACCGACAUCAGAAGUAGGUCCUGAUGACUUGUACAUUGUAGAACCGCUAAGGUUUUCUCCAGAGAAAAAGGUACGGAGUGUGUUUCAGCCACUGGGACAUGUUUCAAAAGCACUGAUGUACAGUUUAUUACAUGCUAUCAUAAACAUGGUGAAUAACAUCGCAGCAAACGUGCUGGGAGGGAAACCAGAGCUGGAGGAUGGAGUUGAAAUAGAAGGAAACGCCUCCUCUGGGACAGAAAACCUUACAGAGACGUCAACAGAAACCACACUCAUGCCAGAGCCCACUCCCACUGAACAGCCUACUGUAUUGGACACUCAUGAGUUGGCUCCCACUCAAGUAAAAGAGGACGAAGUAGAUGUUUCCGAUCCUGAACCUGAUUCUGUUCCUCCACCUGAGGAGAGCCGCAUCGUCAUCCUCAUCAAAGAAGAGGAAGAUGAGGAGGCCACCCAGCCAACCGUGACCCUGCUGGAGGAGGAGGAGGAGAGAGAGGAAGAGAAAAGGCGAGCUGAGGUGUGGGAGAGAGAGAACGCCUUGUACUGCGGUCACCUCUCAACUUUGUCUUGCUUGGCAUCUUUACAUGAAUACUUCAAUUGUUACUGUUCGGCUGCAUUAGCACUACACCGUCAGCGCCGAGAUAGGCGACACAAAGCACAGCACACACAUCCUGACACGGACACUCAGAGUUCCCCUCAGCAUUCUCUCACUACCACCACCACCCCCACUCAAGAGCCUCCUGUACUCUCUGAGAAACCUGCAGAAGGAGAGCAUCCCUCUGGGGUGCAAAGCGAAGUCAUCUCCCCAACUGAAACGGUGUCCGUUCUGCCUCAGCCUUCUAGCGAAGGUGUGGCGAUCGACCAGGAGCUCCAACGUGAGACCAUUGUCUUGGAACCCAGCCGUACCUCCACCUUUACCGCACAUAGCUUGUCUGACACCCCCACCCAAAACAUCCCUGAACCCCUGCCCACGGACGAGCUUGUAGACCAGCAUCCGCAGUACCUGGAAAACACCCCGGAGACCCGUGUCAGUAUGUCCAGCGGCAUCCCAACUCAAAGUGCCCUCUCCUCCAUCCUAACCUCCACCACCUCUGAACCUCACAGCCCGGAGACAGACCCACCCAAGCUGGAGCUCCCCACCCCUACCAAAGAACUGCCAGCACAGCCACUGCCAACCCACACCCGCCCUGCUGACAUCCCUCCUCCUACCGAACUUCCAUUCCCACCUCCAGACGUCUCAGACAACGGUAAGGCAGCAGGGGUGGAUGACACCCACCAGGUUUCCGAGGUUUCCGAAACCCCUCCCUCUCAACAGGAGGAGACCGUAGAUGACAUUCUGCUCAGCCAGACCGGGCCACACCGCACCGCCGGAGAGUUUUAUGCGGAACAGCAGCAUUCUGCGGAAAACGGAUACGUGAACGGAAACGGCAAUGGGAAUCAGGUGCACGGGUCCAAUCAGAAAGAAUCAGUGUUCAUGAGGUUGAAUAAUAGAAUCAAAGCGCUGGAGAUGAACAUGUCUCUCAGCAGCAGAUACCUGGAGGAGCUCAGUCAGAGGUAUCGUAAACAGAUGGAGGAGAUGCAGCGGGCUUUCAACAAGACCAUUAUCAAACUGCAGAACACCUCAAGAAUUGCAGAGGAGCAGGACCAGAAACAGACCGAGUCUAUACAGUUGUUACAGAGUCAACUGGAAAAUGCCACCAAGAUCAUGCUGAACCUGUCUGCCACUGUUGCUGAGCUACAGAGAGAGGUGUCAGAUAGGCAGAGUUAUCUGGUGUUGUCUCUGGUUCUGUGUAUGACGUUGGGUUUACUGCUCUGUAUGCAGUGCUGUAAAAGCUCGCCCAAUCACAACACAAGCCCAACCAUUCCCAUGAGCAACCACUACCCCAGUCCUAAAAGGUGUUUUUCCUCUUACGAUGACAUGAGUCUGAAACGAAGAGUGUCUUGCCCUCUUGUUCGUUCCAAAUCAUUUCAGUUACCGACAUCAGAAGUAGGUCCUGAUGACUUGUACAUUGUAGAACCGCUAAGGUUUUCUCCAGAGAAAAAGAAGAAACGUUGCAAGACAAAAGGAGCGGACAAAGUGGAGACGCUCCAGGCUUCCAUCCCCUCGGUGACGGUCGUUAACGGCAAGCCCAAAUGCAGCAACGAAUCUUCUCUUCAGUUACUGCCGUCCGGAUGCGGCGGCUACGCGUCAACCUCCUCAUCCAGGGACUUUGUGUCAGAGGGCAGCUCAGAGAGUUCAGUUUCCACUCUGUCUGAGGAAUCUUACAGCAGCGGCCCCUCAUUGAACGGACACGACCCUGCCCUCUGUAACGGAGAGCCUCCGCCUACCUUCCCUCCGGUCAAGAGCAAGAUUGAGAAGAGAUCUCUGAAACGCCGGCAGCCUAAGAAUGCCGAGCAGCAGCAGGAGGAACGGUGCAGGGGAGUGAUACUACACGCACCGCUUCCCGUGUCGGCUGGCAACAUGCCGGCGCUGGAGAAACUCAUGAAGGGAAAGGCGGAACUGGGCAUGGCCACGUUUGGAAGGACAGCUGUAACGGGACGAGUUUGAGGUUUUGUUGCAUGGUUUGAUAGUCUGCCAGUAAGAGAAGUCGCUGCGUCUAAUGAGCGGAAAGGAUUGACCUUUGCACGCUUUCAUGCUGCUUAUUCGUUUCACUUUUAUUUGAACGUCUUUAUCUUUCCAUCUUUUCUCACGUCGCUACAUCCUGGUUCUCAGAACUCUUGUUUAUGUGCCUUUUUAGCCAUUGGAAAAUCUUCACAACCAACGACCACCCGAAGGAUCCUUUCGUUAUUCCCUUUAAGAUUUUUUUAUUAUUAUUCUGGGGACUGAUGAACAUGGAAAAUAUAAGACGUGAGAUUUGUUGUUAUAUAGAUGUGGCCAACAGGUGGUGCAAUAUCACCGUGGCCAGAAUGUGUUGUGAACUGUCUGAUACAGGCAGCCCCUCCUCCAAAGAGCAACACGCGAUGCUCCUGUAGUCUGCGAUGAUGACCAUUAUGUCUCCAACCUUUCGUACCUUCUUUACUAACAUGUCCCGCAGGUCUUCAUUUUCCUUCAUCUCCCUUCAUCUCUCCCUCUUUAAUAAGUGUUUGUCUUGUACAUGUGAAUGUGUAACACUACAGUCAUUUUCCGUGAUUGGUUUGUGGGACCAGUGAUGUCACAAAGCACAUGGCUUCAUUCCAGCAAACAGAGCAGAAUGAAGAACAGAUCCAGUCGUGUUUUUAAUUCUGUCUUUAUUUUCUCUUUCUUACUAGAGUCUUUUAAAGCCUGAUUAUGGUCUGGAACAUCCGUUUUCUUUUCGGAAGUUCACUGUGGUUUGACCAACAAGUCCAGGCUGGGCCUGAACACACAUGCAUAUACAUACAAGCAUACGUUGCCGUUUACACAUGUUGAGUUUUCAGCUUUCAAGUAUGGUGACGUUGUGUGUUUAGCAGAGGCAAAAUUGAGCAAGGCCAGUUUGUCAUUCCAAAACACAUACACACUUUAUGUACACGGGAGUUUGUUCCUAUAUUUUAGUGGUCAUUAUUUAUGUAUUUAUUUAUUUAAAUGUGACCUGGGCUCUAUGAGCUCACGGUCAUAUCACAAACAAGCUGCAGUGGCCUUCCAACCACAUGUAGAGCUCUCAAGAUUCAUCCUAUGAGUGGCACGUGGUACUGUUACACAAACUCAUAUUCCUGUUCUUCAUCGUUUGCUCAGUUUGCCGUUUAGUUUCUGUGGAGUUUCUGAGUCACUUUAUUAUUUAAGAUGUCCACAUCUGUUCAGAAAAGAAUAAAUAAGAAAUAAAUACUACUGUUUUUAAUGUGAUGUCCUUCUGGAUUUUAAAAGGACGUCUGUGAUUCGGAAGCUGGAUCUGAUUUGUUAUUCCUCGCUGGAUCUGUUCUGAUGAGCUUUGUGUUUUUCUGGAUUGGGGUGAAUUGUAAGAAUGCCCAAACGUAUCGUUGUGCGAACAUUGUGCAUGCGUCCAGCAAAGCAACUGUCUUGUGAUACACAAUCAUGUAUGUGGACGGCUUAUUUCUGUGCCCUGCAUUGUCUUUAACUUUUCACACUCCAUGUCCCUCUUAACACAUGCUUUAUACAUUUCUAUGUGUGUGUAUAUGUGGGCCAUUUUGUUUUUAGAUGUUUUUAAUGCACCUGUACCAUUUGAAACCCCCAGUGCAGUUUUCCCUCGGAUGGUCUGUGUACUUUGUGUCAUCUAUGGCUGUCAUUUUUCAUUUACAUGAUCCCGUCAUGUAUCCCUUUUAUCUGACUGUGGGCUGUAGGUGAAUAAAGCAUGUGAAUUGACGUUGUGAUUUAAAUGAAAGGGAAAGAUUGGGAUGGUGCAGGGACCAUCUCUGUGAUUUCCAUGAGACAUGUUCCACGUUCAGGGGCGACGUCCCCUUUCAUCAUUCAUUUUACUACCUUCAUAUUUUUGAAUGUUAAUUGAUUAUUGGUGGAAUUUGUGUUUAUGUAUGGAUGUUUUCUCAAGUGUGUGUGUUUGAGUAAUAUUUGGAGAUGAAAUGCCCCAGUGAGUAGAGACCUCUGCGCAGGCUCUCCCUUGCACUUUGGAGUACUACACAUGCCUUUUGUUUUUUACACCACACCUUGCGUAAGUGCUUUUGUCCCUGAGCUUUCCUUAGUAUCGCGUCCUCUAGUGGUCAACACCUGAUUUAUUUAACUUCUAGGUGGCGCCCAAAUGGAAUCUGAUCAUUUUAAGAUGCGCUGCACAGUAUUUUAUUUUUCCAGGAACAACUGUACCUACAGCAGUGUAGUGCCAUUAGAAACUGUGAAUUUAUAAAUAAACACUUUGCUGUCCUUA